AUGUCGUCAUUGGUGAGUUCAUUAAAUUUAGCUCAAAGGCUACUGGUGCAAUAUUGUCAUUCCACAUUCUUCAUUCUCGGCAUGGUCGGUUCAUUGAUUAAUAUAGUUCUCUAUUCGACAUAUCGAUUACGAUCUAACUCUUGUUGCAUUUAUUUCUUAGUAUCAUCGGUCUGUGCAUUGAUACUGUUACCUAUCGGUAUAGUUCCACAAUUGUAUUCUCUAUAUAAUUCGCCCAAUCCUUUUACAACUAUUUCAAGUUUUUGCAAAGCACGAAUGUAUUUGAAUCAAACAAGCGCUAUGUCAUGUCGAUGGUUACUGGUUAUGGCUUGCCUAGAUCGUUGCAGUUCAUGUUCAACGAAUGCUUUCAUUCGUCGAUUUUCAUCUCUGCCCGUAGCAAAACGAGCUGCUUGUCUUGUUUUAAUUAUUUGCUUUAUUUUUCCAAUUCACACAUUGAUUUAUAGCAAUAUUCAACCGCCCGGUGGUAUUUCAUGCUCAAUCACAGAUGAUGGUGUUGCUGUUUAUCAUCGAUUUUACACAAUUAUCAUGGGUGGUGUAUUACCGUGUUUAAUUGUGCUUCUCGGCAGCUUAGUCAUAUGGAAACGUCUUCAAGCGAGAAAGCGUCGUCAAAUAGUUAUAUCAAAAGACGAACGAAUGCGCCGCCGAAACCAGAUUCAAGAGCAACAAGUAAUGAUUAUGUUAAUAGUACAAGUUGGAAUAUUUAUUAUUUCAACGAUUCCGUUCAUGUCCUACAAUAUCUAUGAUACAAUGACACGAACAGUGACAAACAAAUCGGCCGACCGGAAAGCGAUUGAAUCAUUUUGUAAAACUCUUUCGGAACUACUAGUUUAUCUAAUCUCAAUGUCGUUCUAUUCCAACACGUUAGUUUCGCGUACGUUUCGAAAAGAGCUCAUCUUCCUAGUCAAAUGCAUGAGCAGUUGGGGUCGCUAUCAACGUUCUACGCAAGUUCAGCCAAUAACUGCAACUGUCACACAGAACAUGGCUCCACGAAGAUUGACCAAAAUACAAACCGGUAACACAGCUAAGUGA